UAAGUGCAACUUGUUUUUGUUUACAUAUUUUCAAACCAAAUAUCAAUGAGUUUUCAACCGAUUUUAUUCAAUUGUUAGAGUAAUCAACUGAAUUUUAACUCGUAAAGACUUCGUCUACUUCUUUUAAUGUGAAAAUUGAAGUCACACACCGUUAUUAAUUUAUUAUUGAGCUUGAUUUGGGAUCACCCUUUAAUUAUUAAAAUGGCCAAAGAAGAGAGCGAUUUGGAUAAAGCGAUGGAGAUACUUUAUGACAUUGAAAAGGUCGGAGAAAAGAUAAUCAUUGACAAAGAGUUGAUUAUUGAUUUUGAUCGCAGACGGAAUAAGAAUAGAGAAGCACUUAGAUCGAUUCAACAAAAAAAACCCGAAAAAGUCUGGCUUUGUUUUGGAAAUAUGUUUGUUCGGGCUUAUACAGACAAAGCUAAAGAGAUAAUUGAGAAAGAUCAAGCUCAUUUAGAUACAAAUAUUAACGCGUUGAGAGAUUCAAUCAAGGAAAAUUACAAUGAUUUAAAGCGAAUAGAGGGCAAAGAAACUGAUGAUUCUUUCAAACUGAAGGCGCUUAAUAGCAAAGAGGUUGAAGCUUUAAGUGACUUAUUACCAAAAGUUGUAUUAUAAAUAUUGAAUCAAUCCUGUUUAAUUGAUUGUAUAAAUGAUUAAAAAAACUAGGAAAGAGUAAUUUUCUUUCUUAACAAAACGCUUUUUUAA